AUGGCUUCAACAACAACAAAAACAACUGACGAUUCAACAACAACAUCAGCAAGUUUUGAAAAACGUCUUACAACUGUUAAUAGUACACAAGAAAGUGUUCAAACAUUAUCAUUAUGGAUUUUAUAUCAUCGUAAUCAAUAUGAACAUUUAUUAAAAACAUGGUUUAAAGUUUUAAAAAAAUCGAAACCAUCACAUCGUUUAACAUUAUUCUAUGUUGCUAAUGAUGUUAUACAAAAUGCUAAAAAACAUAAUGCUUUAGUUUAUAAUCAAGCAUUUAAACCAUAUUUAAGUUCAGCAAUGAUUCAUGUUAAAGAAAAUGGUAUUAGAAAAAAAGUUCAACGUAUACUUGAAAUAUGGCGUGAACGUGGUGUUUAUGAUGAAGAUUUUAUUGAUGAAAUAUUAAAAAAACUUUUAGGUACAGAAGUUUAUGAAAAAGAUAAAGAAGUUACACGUGUUAUUGCAGAAUUUCAACCAAAAUUAUUAUGUGAAUCAUUAAUUCGUUUUAAACAAUUAGAAGCAGAAACACUUGUUAAAGAACAAAUGAUAAAUAAUGAUUUAAAAAUUAUUGAUGGAAUGUCAAUUGAAAGUGUUCGAAAAUUAAAAGAUACAACAUCAACUGAUGCAUUUCAUCUUGAAUAUGAAAAUAGCCGAGAAAAAUUUCAAGAUUAUGUUCGAUAUUUUGAACGUGUUUUACAAGAACGGAAAAAUUUAAAACAAUCUUGUGAACAAGCAGAAAUAUUUUAUGAUGCACAAUAUCAAGAUGCAAAUAUUGUUGUUGAAGCGUAUAAAAAUUUUGGUGAUAAAGUAGCAACAUUAAAGAAAAAACUUGAUAGUUUAAUAAGAGAUUUACCUGAAAUUGUAUCAUCACCAACUGGAGAUAAUGUACCGUCACCUGGAAAUACUCCUCCUGAUUAUCGUCAAACUGAUAUGGAUUUAUCUGAUAAUGAAGAAAAUAAUUCACAAUCUCCAUCAGAUCGACCAGCAAUUGUCCGAACAACACGUGCAGAUCCUCGUCAUCAUCGUAAACAUAUUUUACAUCGACAUCAAUCAUCACAACAACAUUUCGAUGAUGCUGAUGAACGAUCAAAUAAAGAUAAUUCAAAUCAAUCACCUUUACUUAAUGGUGAUAAUAAAACAACAUCACAACAAACACCAAUGAUUGAUGUUAAUCUAAUAACUGAUUUACUUAUUAAACAUUCACAAUCUACUGGUUUUGAAAAAAGUCUUGAAAUGCUUACACAAACAUUACGACAAAUAACUGAUCCAAAUGUAGUUUCAAUUCCAACAACAACCACAGCUCCUUCUUCUUCUUCUAAUUCUACUUCUCAACCUUCCAGUCAAUAUUCACAAUCAAAUCCAUUUGAAAAUCUACUUAUGAAACGUUUACAACCACCUAUACCUACACCUGUAGUACCACAAGUUUGGUAUAAUCCAGCAGCUCCUCAAACAUAUCCAACACCUGUUCCACCAUUCUAUCCACCAACUAAUCAACAUCCAUCAAAUACAUCCAUGGAUUAUCAUUCUCAACAACAAUAUCAAAAUCAACGAAACUAA